AUGGUCCGCUUCAGCCUCGGCGAGGACUCCUCGGACGACGACGCAGCGGUCAUAGCCAAGGCACCGCCGCGCCAGUUCCUCAAGAGCGAACCGCCGCCGAUACAGCAGCCGCCGCCCUGCCGUUUAAGGCAGUGCGCUUUGGAAUUACAGCUGUUAAGAGAUAGGGAAGCGCAGAAACGUUCUGAGAAAAAGCUAGCGCCCUUCCGCGCUAGAAUUCAAGCGUUGGGCGACGCCGGCGACUGCCCUCCACCAGAAGCUGCUAUGAGGGCGCUGGAACUCGCCGACAAAGCCGCGCUCGAAGUAAAGGAGCGCCAAGAUCAAGAUAUAAGACGGGACAUGGAGCGGGCGCGGCGCGAGGCAGCUUUGAGGCACGCCGAGUCCAAAAAACGGUGCGAGGCGAUUGAGCACGAACGGAGCCGCCGGAAGGAGGCCGAGGCCGCGGCGAAGCUCCAGCACGAGGCGCGUCAAGUGCUAUCUUCGCCGGAGGCCUGGGACGACCUCGAGAGUUUGGAGGCGUUAGAUGGUCUGAGGGACGAGGACCUCUCGACGAUAAAACGCGCGAAAGAGUGUGUGGCUGCCAUCCUGAAACACCUGAGCAGUGCUCGGAAAGCCACAACGGAGGAGGCCUUCACGGAGGCGCGCCGCGGUUUGACAGAGCAGCUCGCGCUGCUGAAAAGUAGAAAGUGCGGUUUGCUGACGGAAACGUCUCAGGCGGGAAGAGCGGCCUCCGACGCAAUCUCAAAGCUCGACGACGCUUUGAAGCAGCUCGCGGCCGUGCCGGUGGCGAGGGCGCCGGCGCCGGCGUUCGGUGCACCGGCGCCGGCGCCGGCCGCCGCGCCGGCCUUCGGUGCUCCGGCCGCCGCUCCCGCAGCGGCCCCCGCCACGCCGGCCGCGCCCGCGGCGCCGGCCGUCGGGACCGGCGGCGGCGACGCUCGAUCACAAGUCGUCGCGAUCUACGAGAAGUGCAACCCCACAAAGCUCGGCGAGGUCGACAAUUUACUGGCCAAAUACGCGGGCCGCGAGGCUGAAUUAAUAGCGCGGCUCCAGAAGAAGUACGCGGCGCAGCUCGGCGGGUUUGGCGCUCCCGCGGCGACCCCGGUGACGACGCCGGCCGCGCCGGCGCCGUCCACCGCCGACGCCGAAACCCGAGCCCGAGCCGCGCAGACCGAGGCCCAGCUAGCCGCAGCAAAUUUCACGUCACAAACAACCUUAAAGCCCCUCGCGCGGGCCCUCAAAAAGAAGGUCGGCGCCGCCGUCAACAGCGUGGGCAACGACUGCGCCUCGGCCCUCAAGUGCGCCGAAACGUUGAGUGACCUCGUCGAGGAUCCCCUCGGCCGCAAGACGAAGGCGCCGUCGAACCCCUUCGGUGCUUUCGGUGGAGGUAGUGCGUCGCAGCCGUUGCAUGUCGCCCACGGCGCCGCCUUGCAGCAAUGCGGCGUCGACGACGGGACCGUAUCUAGAUUUGCCGCCCACUUGGCCUGCGACAAGCUCCUCGAGAAAUUAACUGGAGAGACCUUCGAUCGACGCAAGGACGUCUGGGCCCUCGCGGCCUGCGUCUGCGAGUUCGUGGCCAAGGAUACUACGUCCUUCAGACGAGAAUUGUUUCAGGCCAAGCUCCGGGACGCGUCUCCCUCAUCACUAUCGAAGCCGUGCGAAGGCCCUGAUGCCUCAAAAACGGCGGCGUUGUGUGCUGCGCUGUGUAUUGUGGACACGCCGUCCAUGCGAGGCCAUCCUUUUGGAGGUUUAGGAGCCGCGUGGUGCUGGCUCGCGCGCGCGGCGAACGACUCCUUCGCCGAGGCCGACGCGGCAUUGCCUCCUCUCGUAGCGUUCCUGGAGACGGCGGCGCCCUUUUUGCUGAAGGCCUACGGGCGGCCCGCCGGCGAGCUGCUGCAGUUGCUGGGCGGCGUCGCGGCGGCGUCGAAGGGCGGCGCGGCGGCGAACCUGGCUUCUGCCAACAUCUCGGAUCUGGUCGAUCGUGCCUCUCGCGGUGUGUUACAGGUGCCGGAGACGUUCACGACGUUCACGGCGCCGGCCUAAGUAUUGUUGUGUGU